AUGGCCUCCCGUCCAGCAGCACCGCCCUCGCGGGCUACAGCCGCGCCCCCGGGUGCGGUCGUGGCGCCGUUGAUGUCGUUCGCUGCUACGCGCCAGGCAGCUCCAGCGGAGGUUAUUCGAGCACUGAAAGAAAGCCACCAGCUCGACAAAAUACCUUUCGACGUGCGCAUGAAGGGCAUAAUACGCGAUAAGGUAUUCCCGGGUACAGUUUGCAAAGAGUGCCGACUGCCACACCCCACAUGCUACCAUGGCAAGGGCUAUUACGAAGCUUUCAAGCCUUGCGGUAGCGGAAGUAAAGAACUCCACUGCACACAGUGCGGUGGUAGAGGGCACACGGUCAAUGAGUGUGGAAAGGGAGAAUGGCGCGACUUUCCCGACAAUCCGCCAUUGCAGCAUAGUCACCGCACACACUUCCGCCCGUGGCCUCGUGAGUACGACUGGGUACCAUUUCCGAGACACUAUUACCGGCCGGAUUUGUACCCAAAGGCAGACCCCAUGCACCCGGAUCUACCGAAACCCAUAGCGCAGACUGGGUUUGAAUGGGGACUUGCAAAGGCAAAAUGGGGCCUCAAGUACUCGAUCGAUACGGAGUACGCAUUUUCCCGGGGUCUGAGACCCACUAAAUUCGAUCUCAAGACAGUUCGAGAGUGGUUACCCUUUGCAGCUAUACAGGAGCCACUCUCUGCUCCGGUUCGAGAACCAGAGGCUCGCAAGGAACCUCCAGCAGAUUCAAAGGUGGCAAAAGAGAAAGUAUUGCCGAACCCUGAACCGAAAUCAGAAAAGAAGAUAUCCAGCGAUGCUACGAACGCCGCUGAUCCCAACGAAGGCUAUGGUGGCGUGACACACCAUUCUAGCUUACCAAACCCAAACCACACUGAGAAGAACAAGGGAGAUCUCAGUCCGGCAUGGUACAAAGCAUUGGCUCCCAUGCUUCCCAUGGAAGAACUUAGGUACAGUGAGACCUUACGAGGAAACCUCGACGCUGCCAUCAAACAACAUGAGAAAGGUGGAAGCGCGAGGACACUCAAUGUUCUUCUCGCGGCUCGACAAGAAGUCUUUGAUCUCUACAAGAUCUACAUGCCGCAUUGGUCGCCAGCGAGGAAGAAAUCUUUUGGCGAUCUGCCAAACAAAGUCAAGGUGGUGAUCUGCUCUCGCAUCGAGGAGCGCAAAGAAAAGGCGUUUCAGCCACCUCCGCCAAGAAAGCUCGAUCUACAGUACGAGCGCACCCGCGGCCAGCAUGGCGAGCCUAGGUUCGAAGAGUUUGUUCGAUCCUCCGGUCAAGAGGAACCAGAGGAAGAGGAACUUGGGGACUGGGCCGACGAUGAUGACUUCGGAGGGGCAGGGGCUGCGACGACAACACAGGAUCGGCGCCACCCUCAGAUAAUGCCUCGAUCGGAUGAAGAGGCAGAUGUUCACAUCAAAGGCUUGAUGGAUCACGUCUUCAGUGAAUUUGUACUGAAUCGAGUCGUCAUCCGAAAGUAUGAAGACUUCAUUGGGAAAACAUUGGAAGACCUGAAUGAAAAGGCUUCACAGUUUGCGACCGUCUUGAAGGCCAACGAAUCAAAGUCAGAGGAAAAGGACAGAAUCGUAGCCAAGACGAGGGAAUUCUUGAACGCAAUCAAGAAACUUCCGACUCGUUGGAUCGGCGAAGUCGACCAGCUGAUUGUCGUGAUCAAGAUUCAGUGCAAUGAACUAGGCGAUGACACGGAGAGAGGUAUGAAAAACUUCACAGCUCUGCAACAGGCACUCCAAAAAGCCUUUGACGAUUUCGAGAGAAAUAUGGCCGACCACCUCUCCAAAUGCUUCAGCAUCGAGGGUGUUUCCGAGCCAUUUCUAAGCUGGUUGAGCUCUAGCUGCAUGGAGGAUCCCGAAGUGAUCGCAGGAAUCCAGGGUGCUUUCCUCCCAGACGAGAGUCAACCAAGAGCGCAACUGCCGCGCUUUACUUGGCCGGAAUACUUCUUGCUUGAAGUGAUCAAGAAAGUGGCAGAGCCGGAAAAUGACUCGAAGAAUGAGUCUUGA